AUGACCGCUGUUGAUGUUGCUCUGAUUCGCGAUACCAUGUGGCUGACUUUAGAAGUCUGUAGAGAAUUUCAGAGAGGAACCUGUUCUCGAGCUGAUGUAGACUGCAAGUUUGCCCAUCCACCAAGAGAUUGCCAUGUGGAAAAUGGCCGUGUGGUGGCUUGUUUUGAUUCUUUAAAGGGUCGGUGUGCUAGAGAGAACUGCAAGUACCUUCACCCUCCUCCACACUUAAAAACCCAGCUGGAAAUUAAUGGACGGAACAAUCUGAUUCAACAAAAGACUGCCGCAGCCAUGUUUGCCCAGCAGAUGCAGUUUAUGCUCCAAAAUGCUCAAAUGUCAUCAUUUAAUUCCUUUCCUAUGACUACAUCACUUGCAGCUAAUCCUCCCAUGGCUUUCAAUCCUUACUUUACUCAUCCUGGGAUGGGCCUGGUUCCUGCUGAACUUUUACCAAACACACCUCUUCUGUUUUCUGGAAACCCGGGUCUCACAUUGUCAGGAGCUGCUGGUCCCAAACCGAUGCGUUCAGAUAAAUUGGAGGUUUGCCGAGAAUUUCAGCGUGGAAAUUGUACACGUGGUGAAAACGAUUGCCGCUAUGCUCAUCCUACUGAUGUUUCUAUGAUUGAGUCAAGUGAUAAUACUGUGACCAUCUGCAUGGAUUACAUCAAAGGCCGAUGCUCCCGGGAGAAAUGCAAGUACUUUCAUCCUCCCCCACACUUGCAAGCCAAACUCAAGGCAGCUCAUCACCAGAUGAACCACUCAGCUGCCACUGGGAUGGCCCUACAGCCUGGUGCAUUUCAACUGAUACCAAAGAGACCGGCACUUGAAAAGACUAAUGGUGCCGUCCCGUUCUUUAACCCCAGUGUUUUCCACUGCCAACAGGCUCUGACUAACCUGCAGCUCCCACAGCCAGCCUUCAUCCCUCCAGGGCAAAUACUGUGCAUGGCACCUGCUUCAAGUAUUGUGCCCAUGAUGCACGGUGCUACACCUACCACUGUGUCUGCAGCAACAACACCUGCCACCAGUGUUCCCUUCGCUGCAACAGCUACUGGCAAUCAGAUACCAGGAUUAUCAACAGAUGAACUGAACAAUAGCAUGUUUGUUUCACAGAUGUAA